CGUUCCUGUAUCGUAUCAGAGACUUCAUCGGCUUGGAUUGCUCCUAGACCUAACAAUGCCUGUUGCGGAUGCACAAAGCCGAUCUCGGAACUAAGUUCGAUUGGUAACAGUAUUCACCAAGGUAGUGGGGGAUGGCACAUAAGCCAAUACUGGGCAUGACGUUCCCACAGGUUACGGUCAGGACUUCUCUCGACUUCAGUGACCCCCCAAAUCUGCAUAUAGAAAUCUUCAAUCCAAUAUGUGUUCCAAAUUCUGGCCCAAAGGAGGCCUUCCAGGCAUUUUGCACCAUUACACGGAGACGCUUGUUACCUUCGAAUAUACAGCAAGCGUCACUCAUAAGCCUCACAGCAUUGUCUUCCUUGGAGGCCUGGGAGAUGGCCUCGCAACUACAUCGUACAUGUCCGAUAUCGUACGCGCGUUACAACCAACGGACUGGUCGCUCUUCACUUUAAAUCUCACAUCCUCCUACCAAGCAUGGGGUCUCGGACAUCUCGACAGAGACACUAAUGAGGUCGCCCAAUGCGUAAAAUAUAUCAAAGACUACAAGACGGACAAAUUUGGCGAUGGAAAAAUCGUCCUCAUGGGCCAUUCCUCCGGAAGCCAAUUUGUUAUGCAUUACCUGUAUCGUCCAAAUCCCCACACAGGCAUCGCACCCUUUGAUCCCUCGUGUGAGCAUGUCAAACGUCUGGAAAUCGACGGAGCGAUCAUGCAAGCACCAGUGUCGGACAGGGAAGCAAUCCUCUUGUGCAGGGAAAUGGGGAUCGGAGGCAAGACGCCGAGCGAGGUCGAAGCAGCAUACCAGACGCUAGAAGCAAUGGCCAAGGAAGCUGACCGCGAAGCAUCCUGCGAUACGCUGUUACCUUUAUCUCUGACCAGUCAGAUUGGCUACCUACCCAAUGUUCCAAUAAGCAGCCGAAGAUUCUUGAGUCUCAACAGCCCGCAAAGCCCGCUGGCACCGGAGGAGGAUGACCUUUUCAGUUCAGAUAUCGGCGAUGAGCAGUUAGCGAAGACCUUUGGAAUGAUCAAAGAGCGCGGGCUGUUAAAUCACAAGCUGAUGGUCUUAUACUCGGGAGCAGACCAAGCGGUUCCGGCUUACGUUGAUAAACAGGGCUUAUUGGUGAGGUGGAUGAAUGCCGUUAACCAUAAUGGACGAGACCAAAUAUGGGAUAGAGACCAUAGCGCAGUGAUACCGGGUGCUUCUCAUGCGCUGAGUAACGAUGACCAAGCUGAGCCGCGGAAAGAUCUUGUUAGAAGAGUAUUGGGAUAUUUGUUGACGGCUGAGAAAGUACCAACAAAGCCUACGAAAUCCAAUGAUUAAUAGAAUUUGUUUGUACUCUAUUUAAAUCUGCAAUUUAUAUAAUUGCUGGAUAACACCUCGACGUUUCAUGAUUCCUAUGUCUUCUAGGUCGUUAUAUUGUGACUAGAUGCCCUCCCUCUCUUGAACCAAGCGAAAUUUAUGAGACGAUAAGUUCGAAUACCGCAUUCUCUUCCAAGGAAAGGAUGAAAUCACUGGUAUAUACAACCGCGCUUUUUCCUUGAUGGUUGAUAUGCUCGGUUAUACCAAUCUGGGGAUCUUGAGAGGCUUGGUCAAAAGGGUGCAACUAGUAGCACCUUCCUCAAUUAUCACAGCCCCAUUUCCUAUGCGUGGCCGCACAAGCGAUACAAAUCUCUCAACAACUUCCAUUGGCCGAGAAACUUUGAUUUCGUCGGUAAGACUCAAGCGCCCUGUCUUAUUAUCAAACGAGAGGCGCCGCACCAGCGAUGUCAACCCGCUCACGGCGUAAGCAGGGGCAAUAUCCAUCAACAUUGAUCCGUUCUGAUCAAAAGCGACUUUUCGAGCGCAAUAUUCUUUGCCGUCGCGCUGGCUGGACCCAUCGACAAUGGGGAUGUUGUGACUUUUGGAAGGUGUUCAAAAGGUAUCGUAGCGAUCGGGGCCAAAGUAUGACUUCGUGUACUCACCUUUACCAAUGUCACAUAGGAGCAUUACGCCAUGUCUUCAAAAUAGAAAGCUUCCAACAUCAUUGUGGUUAUGUUCCUCAUCGUUAUGGCCUGCUUUUGCCGCAGACCCAGUGCCAUCGUAGCCGCUGCACAACAGCCACUGAGCCUUUGGGUAUACCACGCAGGGCUGAGGCUGUGCCUGUCUGACACAAGCGUAUUUGUAGUCCAUAGAAGAUCACCUAGAGCAGGAGCAAAUUGUAACAAUGCGAGUGCAUUA